GAGCGCAGUUUACCCCAAACAUGGCGGGUGUCUCUAGCUGAGUGAGGAGACCGAGUGGAGGCGGCUUCCAUCUCAGGAAAGUUUUACCCCCAGCCCUUCCUCUCAGCCCUGCCUCUCCGAGGUGUGAGAAGAGAAAUAUGAGUGAAGAGGAGCCGAUGGGAACGGAGUCGGCCCGAAAUAGUGCCCCGUAAGGGAACUCAGAGGGUUCUCAAUAACACUCCCCUCUGGGCUUGGAACUUUGACCCCAAUUCUGUGACCCUUCUCUGCCCAUAGCCUUUAGCCCGUGAGCCCUCUCCCUGUACCCAAUUUAUUGCAGCACCUUGACCCCUAAUUUAUGAUUUCUAUCUGCACUUCAUCCUUUGACACCCAACCUGUAAGCUCGCUCUGUUCCCCCUUACCCCCACCACCCAUACCACUACCUGAAUCCUCAGCCCCCAAUUUUGUUCCUAUUCUGAGAGGUUAACACUAUCCUUUUCUGCUCCUACCCUCCUCGUAUCCUACUCGUUCUCAGUUUUAAAUGAGUUUUUUUUUUGGUACUUGGACCUGGAGUCAGUUAAUUUAUGGGGCAACAACCAGGCAAAGUUCUUGCGGACCAAAGGAGGCCGACUCUAACUGCUCUGCAGUUCAUCAAAGGAGGAAGGAGAGAAACAGCCAAACAUGGAGCUCAACAUUUCAAUGUUUUUGUGGAACACGAAGCCCUGCACCGUCCAGAGUUUGAGUCACAGGGUCUGAAUGAAGCUGCUCGGUGGAAUUCCAAAGAGAACUUGCUUGCUUGCCCCAGUGAAAACGACCCCAAUCUUUUUGUUGCACUGUAUGAUUUUGUUGCCAGUGGUGAUAACACUCUCAGCAUAACAAAAGGUGAAAAGCUUCGUGUUCUGGGCUACAACCACAAUGGAGAAUGGUGCGAGGCUCAGACUAAAAAUGGUCAAGGCUGGGUUCCAAGCAACUACAUAACACCAGUUAACAGUUUAGAGAAACACUCCUGGUACCAUGGGCCAGUCUCACGCAAUGCUGCAGAGUAUCUCCUCAGCAGUGGCAUCAAUGGAAGUUUUCUGGUACGGGAGAGUGAAAGCAGCCCCGGACAAAGAUCCAUAUCGCUUCGUUAUGAAGGAAGGGUAUACCACUACAGGAUAAACACUGCAUCUGAUGGAAAGCUGUAUGUAUCUUCGGAGAGUCGUUUCAACACAUUGGCAGAGCUUGUUCACCACCAUUCAACAGUGGCCGAUGGACUAAUCACCACCCUACACUACCCUGCUCCAAAACGCAACAAGCCUACGAUCUAUGGAGUCUCGCCUAAUUAUGACAAGUGGGAGAUUGAACGGACAGACAUUACAAUGAAACACAAAUUAGGUGGUGGACAAUAUGGGGAAGUGUAUGAGGGAGUCUGGAAGAAAUACAAUCUCACCGUGGCAGUAAAGACACUAAAGGAAGAUACUAUGGAAGUGGAAGAGUUCUUGAAAGAGGCUGCAGUUAUGAAGGAAAUUAAGCAUCCCAACCUGGUACAGCUGCUAGGUGUAUGUACUCGGGAGCCUCCAUUUUACAUCAUCACAGAAUUCAUGACUCAUGGAAACCUCCUUGAUUACCUUCGUGAUUGUAACAAAGAGGAGGUGAAUGCAGUUGUGCUGCUAUAUAUGGCAACUCAGAUAUCCUCUGCAAUGGAGUAUUUAGAGAAGAAGAAUUUCAUUCACAGGGAUCUUGCCGCUAGGAACUGUCUUGUAGGGGAGAACCACUUGGUUAAAGUGGCUGAUUUUGGGCUAAGCAGAUUGAUGACAGGAGACACGUACACAGCACAUGCUGGAGCAAAGUUUCCCAUUAAAUGGACUGCUCCAGAGAGCCUGGCCUACAACAAAUUUUCAAUUAAAUCUGAUGUGUGGGCAUUUGGUGUUCUUUUGUGGGAGAUUGCAACGUACGGCAUGUCCCCAUACCCUGGAAUUGACCUUUCGCAAGUUUAUGACCUAUUGGAAAAGGAUUACAGGAUGGAGCGGCCCGAGGGCUGCCCGGAGAAAGUUUAUGAGUUGAUGCGUGCAUGCUGGAAGUGGAACCCAGGGGAUCGACCGUCAUUUGCAGAUGUCCAUCAAGCAUUCGAUACCAUGUUUCAGGAAUCCAGUAUUUCAGAAGAGGUCGAAAAGGAACUCGGAAAGAAAGGAGGGAAGUGUUGUGGCAGUAGUAAGCCACAAGCACCAGAAUUGCCAACCAAAACACGUACUCUUCGCAGAACCACCGAGAGCAAAGAACCGAAUGAACUUCAAGAGGCACCCCAUUCGAUAUUUAAAGUCUCAAGUGAACUUGAUUCUGGGGACCAUGAAAUGGCCAUUUCUCCAAUGCUACCACGGAAAGACAAAGACACAGACAGCACCUUGGAUGAUGAUCGUUUACAGUCUUCCACUAAAGAGAAAGGCAAAUCCAGUUCAAUCUUCAGCUCUUUCAUCAAGAAGAAGAAAAAGACUGCACCCACCCCACCAAAGCGCAGUAGCUCUUUCCGUGAUAUGGAUGGGCAGGCAGAAAAAAAGGAAGCAGCGGAGGAUGUCAAUGCAGUUGCAAAAGAUGUUAACAAUGGAUCUUGUGUGAAUAACAUGGUGCCUCUUGACACAAUAGACCCAACAAAAUUUCAGAACUCACCUAAUACUGGGGCACAAAGCACAAACAAUGGAGGUGGCGGGGUUGCCAAUGGCAGCUUCUUGGGAACAACUGGGUUCUUUCUGCAUUCGAGAAAGUCCAGUACAUUAGCUGCGGGCAAGCCAGUUGGGAAUGAAGAGGAAUUGCUCUCAAAUUCAAAGCGAUUCUUGAGAUCUUGCUCUGCAUCAACGAUGCCUCCUGGAAGCAAGGACCCGGAGAGGAAAGCAUUGACACUUCCUCGUGAUCUCCAGUCUGCGGGGAAACAGUCCGAUCCGGCUGGGAUCUUAGGUUGUGACAGGAAUGAGAAGCCAGCCUUGCCUCGAAAGAGGACAAAUGAGACUAAAGUGGACGUUGUUCCUCGGGGAAGCCAAACUGCAUCGUCCCGACUGCCAAAAAAGACUGAUGAGUUAAACGAUGAUGUUUUUAACAACCUGGAGUCCAGUCCAAGCUCGAGCCCACCAUCUUCUACUCCAAAGAUUGUUCGAAGGCAACCCACAGUGAUCACAUCAAUCAAUCUUGUCCCUAAGGACAAGGACGAGGGAGGGAAGACUUGUGCCUUAAGUUCUGCUUCUCAACAAGAGCAUAUCUCCUCCAGUGUUGCUGCUUGCACAUCAAAACAGAGCUCCACCUCGAUCCUGGGCGGGGUGAAGCUGUUGAAUGAUGACUCCAAGGUACGAAGGUUCAGGCAACCUCCUGAGCAGCUCCUGUCGACCCCCAUAAAAGACCGGGGUAAGUUGCAGAAAUUGAAACCAGCUCCCCCUCCUCCGCCCGGCGUGAAAUCUGUCCGACCACCUCGAAGCCCAACCCACGAGGCCACAGGCGAGACUGCCAUGAGCAUCAAGCUCAAGCAGUCCACUCAGGUCACAGACACUGUGAGCAGUGACGCUUUGAAGCCAGGUCAUCCGGGGGAGAAAAAGUCUGCCCUCCAUUCAGCAACUAAGUCCCAGUCCUCCUCCAAGGCAUCGGGCACCAACUCAACCGCACCCUCCGUCUCUGCACAGUCUGCCUUAGCAACGCCAGGCGGUGACCAGCAGUCCUCAGCAACCACAGCCUUCAUCCCACUCAUCUCCACCAGAGUGUCCUUACGCAAGACACGGCAGCAGCCGGAGAGGAUCACCAGUGCCAACAUUACCAAGGACACCGUUUUAGAGAGCACAGAAGCAUUACGUGUUGCCAUUGGGAAGAACUCUGAGCAGAUGGCCAGCCACAGUGCAGUACUGGAGGCAGGCAAGAACCUAUACACCUUCUGUGUCAGCUACGUGGACUCCAUCCAGCAAAUGCGUAAUAAGUUUGCCUUCAGGGAGGCCAUCAACAAGCUGGAGAGUAACUUACGGCAGUUACAGAUCUGCUCAGCCAGCCAGGACUUUACCAAACUGCUCUCAUCUGUGAAAGAAAUCAGUGACAUCGUCCAGAGAACUGCACUGCAUCGAAAUCUGGAGAAGGAAGGCUAAAUGUGGCACAUCAGAGUCAGACUGUAUGCGAAUCUGAGAGCUUGCUAUUUUAAUUCCACUUAAUGAUCUGAAAAGACUUGAAAGAAUUUGAAUACUUGUAUAUUUUCUACGCUGAGGUCUAGCUUUGUUGCUAAAGCUCAUGUAUAAACAGUUCAGAACUGUUCUCUGUGUUCUCUUGUGAUUCCCUCAUCACAGUGAUAAUCACUGAAGAUGUAAUGGUCUCUGAAAUAACCAGUCAGGAUCACCUGAUUCCACUGAGACAGGUUGGAUUUCCAAAGCUGCACUAUUUUCAUUCUGUAUGUUGUAGCAGUAUUUGUUUUGUAAAAAGAGAUUUUCAGUUUCCAAAUACGAUACAACAGGUAAGAAGGCACAAUGUUGGCAAAUCCAGAAUCUGUUCUUUCAUCCCUCCAACCAGUACCAUAAAUGCCUUUCAGUCAAACUGUUCACAAUUAUAUUGGUAGCUCCUCCCUGGGCAUCUGAAUUGGAGAUUUGAUUGCAAAACAUUCCUGCAAACUGAUAUUAUGCUCAUCAGGUUUUCACCAGCUUCUGGCACAUGGAUUUGCAUGGAAACCAGAAAUCUCAUUGUAAACUUUUACCAGAUUUUAAAAAAAACAAGGUCAUUGUGAAAGCAGAUUGUAUGUAAUUUGCAAAUAGAGGUUAUUACAUGGAAGCAGACUAUUUAAACCAACCUGUCCACAUUGACGUUGAUUGUCCCUGUGACCUUGUCUGGAUUUGGGCUAUAAGGAACAAGCCUACUAGUCCAUUCGUUUAGGUUUUGACUAAUCUGUACUUCAACACCUUUUCCCCACCUUCUUGUUCCAUGUCCCUUCAUACUCUCACUCCACAAAAAUCCAUUGAUCUCGGUCUUGAAAAGUGCCGUUGCCCUUCUACCCCAGCACCUGCAACCGUUUGUGGGGUUGGAGCAGUAAAUUUCCUCUAUACUUUGCAUGAAAAAAUGUGCUCCCAGUUUCACUCAAGACUAGCCUAUCUCUAAUAUUCUGGAUUCUCCACCAGUUGUUGAUUUAUUAAAUCUAUUAUUUUAAACCCCCCCCCCCCCCUUAGCUAACCUUCCGUCUUCUAAACUGGAGGGAAUAAGUUUUGUGAAACCUGUCCCUAACAUUUCAUCUCUUAAAACCUGUUGUAAUUUGGGUGAAUAGAAUUUUUCCAAGGGUAAUCCCCAAGAUAGGUGACCAGAACUGCAUGUGUUUGUGCAGUAUUCUUGAGGAAGGACACUGGUUGGAAAGCCAUGUCAGACGUAUUUGUCUGUCUCAGGGCUUUGUGCACAGUUCUUUGCUGAUGCCAUCUGAAACCAUCUUGUGUCAAGACGUGAAUGGCAGACCAACUGCAGCCUUUGUGUUCUUGUCCAUGUGCACCUGGUUUUAGAAACCCCGUACUGUGCAACCACAAGUUCAGCUGAGUAGUUUUUGAAACAGUUGAACAAGUGGGUAGAAUACUCUGUUAUUCUGCAUAUACCUUCGACUUAAAUAUUUCAGUAAUCCAGAGGAAAGUAUGUUCUAAACAGUGAAGUUGUUUUGCGUACAAUUCUCCAGAACUGGUCUGUGCUGGUUCUUCUGUUCCCCAAGGAUCUUCCACCACCCUGGUACAUUUCAUCGUAUCUGCGUAACUUUCCUCCAUCCUGUUUAUCUAAUUUUCCUUAAACGCAUGAAUUCUGUCAUCUUUCUGUAUCAUCACAAUCUAUUCCCUUCUCUCCCCGGUGUUUCUGGAAGGGCGAUAGGUUCACUCGUGUCAAACUCGAGAACCAUCGCGUUCGGACCACUGCCCCUUAAGUCUGGAAUUCCCGAUGUUUUGGGACCAAGCGUGUAAACUCGCGCAUCUUCCCAUCACAAUGUUGUCGGACCUGUUAUGUGCAGCGGCGGUGAGACAGACGUAUUAAAACAGCAUGAUUAGCGUGUGAUUCAUACCAGAAUUUCUCCCGGAUGUGGAGUGUUACCAUCAUGGUACAGAACAAUCGAUUGCCCAUUGAGUGUUAAUCAGAGAAGAGCAUUUUUAUUUAUUUUAAGUGUGAUUGAGCAGAAAAUUAAGAUUCCUAUCUGAAAAAUCUUUUUAACUGGCGGGUUGCUUGUUGCUUUGGUCGAGGUUAGUGAGGCUGCGCUAUUGUAACUGAGCAGGGGGGGUGAUGCGAUGUGGUGCACUGUAUGUGCAGUAACGAAAUAACCACCUGUCCGUCCACUAAACACUCGGUUCAGCCGGUGCGAGCAGAUGAGGUAAAGGCCGACUGCACUUGGAAACUUUUUCCAAAUUUACGCGUGACUCAGAAGUGUGACAAAUCUGGGUUCCUUCCGACGUUAUAACGAGGUCGGUAAUGAUGAGAUUAGUUGGCCCCUCCAACAUCAGAAGGAAUCGAAGGACCAGGACCGGACCAAAAAGCCAACCGCUUUUUAUUGUGUCCCCAUAUUCUGAUCAUGAAACGUCGGUUUGCGGUCAGUAAUUGGAGAGCCACAGUGUGAUCCCGCUGUCAGUUACUGCAGUCAGUGGUGAGUUCCAGUCCUCUGCAAUGAACCGCAUUGUGUUUGGUUUAAUCACUACUUCAAUUUAAAAAUAAGCUGAAGUAGUGAUUAAGCCAAACACAAUGCGGUUCAUUAAUGGAGACCGGCUAAAAACCAAGUUACCAGCAGCUCCACGGAUGCAAAAAUGCCAGGCUGACAUACCGGUGUGCCACAGCCACGUUUAAGAACGUUGUCAGGAAUUGCUCUGAUUUAUUAAAUCGGUUCACUCAAUUGCAGGUUACUUUGAUGUGAUAUGAAAAAUUGUUGGUCUAGAGACGGUGGAAGAAAUUUCUUUGUCACCAGUUGACACGUUUAAACCCGCCCCACUUCUGCCUGCCGAACGUUAAACAGGUCGCCUCUGCUUUCAGGAAACAAUCCAUAUAAUAUAAAUUCCUCAUUGUAUUCAGAGUUAUCCCACAUUAAAGAAAAACUCGGACGUGAGAACUAAUUCCAGAAUUUUUAUCCCGACAAUAUCAGUGUGUAGUUUUUAUUUUAAUUGCAUUGUGGAAAAAGUGGCUACCAUAAUUGCAAAAUAUUGCAUAAUAUUUAAAAAAAAACACUUGAAGCACUUGAAAUUAAGGUGUUUGUUUUUUGGUGAGGGAGUCGAGUAUGAUCUGGAACGGUUUCCGGAAUCACGGCCUGGAGACUCCGUAGGUUAGGACAGGACCGUCGGUCAAAAACGGAAUUUAAAAUGAUAAAGCAUGUUGACGUUUAAUGUCGCCAGGCGAAUCGUCCAGCAGUUUAUCUUUUGAGGACAUGGCCGUGAAUUACCCUCUGCACCUGAUCUGAUACAGGUCACACUGUCUGGUGGGUGUGUAUGGUGAGCACAUUCGGGUACCCUUUUAUUUAUUUAUUUAUUUUCUCAGGUUUUACGUUCAGUUUUUUAUUUUUCCCCUUGCCUACUCUUCCCAUUGUCGCUUCACUUGCACACAUCGGUCGACUGAGCUCCGGGCUCUCUCAGACCCUGACUGCGCUGUGACUGGUGUGUUAGAGAUAAGCUUCCCCGAAGAAUACCAUGCCCAAUAAACAAAUCCUUUUGAGAGUUGGUAUCAGUUGGCCAAGGUAGGCAGAUCAAAGUGUUCUAACCGCCUCAAUCCCGGGUUCCUACAUCAGAGAAAUUCUUUUUCAAAAAAAAACUUGCUGAGUAGUUUUGGAAAAGAAUAGAAUGUGAUUUUUUUCCCCAUGAGUACUGUGGAACAUCUGAUGGUUGCAGGCUUCAACCUAAGUGAAGAGGUGCUUGGCAGUAUCACUCUGCAUGAUGGUGUGGCUACAGCUACCUCUUCAAAAGGUUAAUCCUAAAUCACUCGCUCUUCCUGACGCAUAGGUGCGUUUUCGCGCCUCUGAGGUGCUUUUGUAAUCCUUCGCAUUUACAGCCUGGAAGUUAUUGAUCCUUUUCCAGGAACAAAUAUGUCCAACGUCAAGUUCAACAGGCAAAUUCUACUUGUGCUUAGUGUGAUUAAAAUUCUGUCAAUUCUCAAGCCGUUCUGUGACAUGAAGUAGAAUUUGGAAUUUUUACUAUUCCACCCUAUACACACUUCUAGAUCCUUUUUAAAGCAAAGAAAGGCGGCAUCAACUCAGUCUUGAGUUUAUAUUGCCAGACAUCAGCUCCUGGGCCAGCAGACACUUGUCAAUAUUGUGAGACAGACCUUUCCUCCAAAGCCUGCUUAGAACACUCUUUGCAAAUAACCCCUCAAAAUAAAACUUUUCUGCGAUAUGAUUGUGUGUACGGUAUCGUUGUUAAUCGCAUUGGUUCAAUUUUAGUUUUUUUUUAAAUCAUUUUCAGUAUUAGUUUCAUGUUCUGACCUCGUAUCACCCUCACCCUUACUGACUGCUGUGAGUUGGAAAUGAAAAAUCGCACGCAAGUUGCCUUUUGUUAAGAACAGAAUCUAUUCUUUUUGCCAAGGUACUGUUUUAUUUUAUUUGGACAACAUAUUGUGCCACUAUUACCUUUGAUCUUUCUUGAUAUUACCAGCAAUGUGUAGGGUGAUUAAUGUAUUCCUUUUACGUGUGUCUUUUUGUAUCUGUAACAUCUAUGGUGCAAUUUUAAUUUUUC